CAUGCUAUGCUUGGCCUCCAGGAUGUACCACCACUGGAUGUACCAGAACUUUUAGCAUAUUUUGUUAAGCAGUCUGGACCUUUUCUGGAUCAACUUGGUGUGAGGAGAGAUAUAUGUGACAAGAUAGUGGAGAAUUUGUGUAGCAAACGGAAGAAUCAACUUGUUCUGCGAUCCCUAGUUGAUGGUGAACCCCCUGUUAUUGAAAAUGACAACGUAAAUGAUGAAUUGGAUUUAAGGAUAGCCAGUGUGCUUCAAAGCACAGGGCAUUCUUAUGAGGGUGGCUUUUGGACAUACUUCAAAAAGAAUGAUGCGUCAGACAGGAAAAGGCAUGUCGCCAUUGUUACAACUGCAAGCCUUCCAUGGAUGACUGGAACUGCAGUAAAUCCACUUUUUCGGGCAGCAUACUUGGCAAAGUCUCAAAAACAAAAAGUUACUCUCUUGGUUCCUUGGCUCUGCAAAUCUGAUCAAGAACUGGUAUAUCCUAACGAUGUCACAUUUAGUUCACCAGAAGAGCAGGAAAGUUAUAUACGUAACUGGCUUGAGGAAAGGAUUGGUUUUAAGGCUGAUUUUAAGAUUUCAUUUUAUCCUGGAAAGUUUUCAAAAGCAAGGCGGAGCAUAAUACCUGCUGGAGAUACUUCUCAAUUUAUUCCCUCGAAGGAUGCUGACAUUGCUAUUCUGGAAGAGCCAGAACACCUGAACUGGUACCACCAUGGUAAACGUUGGACUGAUAAAUUUAACCAUGUUGUUGGUAUUGUACACACAAACUAUUUGGAAUAUAUCAAGAGGGAGAAGAAUGGGGCACUUCAAGCUUUCCUUGUGAAGCACAUAAAUAAUAUAGUCACCAGAGCUUAUUGCCACAAGGUUCUUCGCCUUUCUGCUGCAACACAAGAUCUUCCCAAGUCCACUGUUUGCAAUGUCCAUGGUGUGAAUCCAAAGUUCUUGAAAAUUGGUGAGACAGUUGCUGCAGAAAGGGAGCACAGUAAUCAAGCCUUCUCCAAAGGAGCCUACUUUUUGGGCAAGAUGGUCUGGGCAAAGGGGUACAGAGAGUUGAUAGAUUUGCUAGCGAAGCACAAGAAUGAUCUUGAUGGUUUCAAGCUAGAUGUCUUUGGAAAUGGCGAGGAUGCAAAUGAAGUCCAGAUUGCUGCUAAGAGUUUGGACUUGAAUCUUAAUUUUUUAAAAGGACGAGACCAUACAGAUGAUUCACUCCAUGGGUACAAAGUCUUCAUAAAUCCUAGUGUAAGUGAUGUGCUCUGCACAGCUACUGCAGAAGCCCUUGCCAUGGGAAAAUUUGUAGUAUGUGCAGAUCAUCCAUCUAAUGACUUCUUCAGGUCAUUUCCCAACUGUCUGACCUACAAGUCAUCUGAAGACUUUGUUGCCAAGGUGAAGGAAGCAUUGGAGAAUGAGCCUCUGCCUCUUACUCCUGAGCAAAGAUAUAACCUUUCAUGGGAAGCUGCCACUCAGAGAUUUAUGGAAUAUUCAGACCUUGACCGGGUCAUGAAUAAUGAAAAUAAUGUUUCAGGUUUGAAGAAACAUAAUGGAAAGAUGAUUGCAAAGUCAAUUUCAACGCCAAGCCUUUCAAAGGUGGUUGAUGGGGGGUUAGCAUUUGCCCACUAUUGUCUGACAGGGAAUGAGUUCCUUAGACUCUGUACUGGAGCCAUACCUGGGACUCGGGAUUAUGACAAGCAACACUGUAAAGACCUGUGCCUCCUACCUCCGCAAGUGGAAAAUCCUAUCUAUGGCUGGUAAUUAGAUGAACAAAUCUUCGCCGUCAUUCCUUCUGUGUAUGGUAGUCAAGCACUGUAAGUAGGAAAUGCCCAUCAUGUUUUACUUAGCUUAAGGUUUGUUUUAUUUAAAUUAACAGUAGAUCCAUUUCUGGAGCACAAGCAUCUAGGAAUUAUAGUAAAAAUUUUGUUUUUUUUUUCUUUUUCCCGUAGUUACAUGUCAAUAGAUAAGAUGGUUCCCAAAAUAAUUAAUACAGUAAAAAGUAAGCUGCUCUUUAUUGUAUGUCAUUGAUAAUUCACAUCAGGUGAAGCUUGAUUGCGCAGGUUGUUGCUUUUUCUGAUCUAUGUUCAAUUUCAAGGUUUGAUUUGUUUAUAGGAUUUUUACUGCCAUUUUGGGCCAUGUCAGUGUAGGCGUGAAGCUACUGUUGGCAUCAACGUCUUUUUUUUUUUUUUUUUUGUACAUAAGAAAUUAGUUUAGUUACGACUUUUACAGGGAUUAACUCAUGAUGGUAUACGAGGUUAAGCAUCAGUAAGUACUUUGGUAAUUGUGUUUCAAUGUUUGUGAUAAUGAGGUAACAAGAUAAGUUAGUGGAACAUGAGGGUGGCUCCUACAGCCGUUCUAAAUCACAUGGGUUCAGUGUUAGACGGAAGCAGUGUUAGGAAAUGUAUUUACUUUCUUUCUUUCUUUUUAUGUCAGACAACAAAUCUGAUUGUUAAAGCUCAGGUUUGGAAAGAAAAAAGAAAAAAAGAAAAAGAAAAAACCUAAUUGAUAGAAAUUCAAGUUCAAAUUACUGGAACUUGUAAUUCAUUUCAUUUCAAAGUGAACCAUCUUACUCUGUAUAUGGACAACUUCUCUCACAUGUAACAAAAUGCUUGACAUAAGGAAGUCAAAAUUUUAAAACAUAGACAAGGCUUGAUGAUUUCUUAGAAUUGUUGUUUUUUUGUUAAUAUAGUUGUGAAAAAUUUAGUAUAGUGCGUUAAACAAAUCUUUUAUUUAGAAUGGACAGCUGCUGCAAAGCAGAAGAACAUCUGUUUCCUUAACAAGAGGACAGUUGGAUUGCAUCAAAGGAAAAGAUCAGCAGAUGGCAAAAAUUGCGCAGCAGAUGACAAAAAUUGCGCAACAGCUGGACUGCAUUAAAGGAGAAGAUUAGCAGAAGAUUAGCUGAAGAUUAACAGAUGGUAAAAUUGUGCAAAUUGAUUCAUGGAUGAUGUGUUCAGACACAACUGUAUAAAGAUUGAUUAAUCCC